UCAACUGCCCUUAAAUAACCAUCAGUCUGAAUCACAAGGCCUGCAAAAGUUUUGGCCUCCAGUACUUGGUGCUGAGCUUCCGCCUCAGCCAGCAAGAAGCACCAUGAAAUUGGAGUUCACUGAGAAAAACUACAACAGUUUCGUGCUGCAGAACCUGAACAAACAGAGGAAACUCAAGGAGUACUGGGACAUGGCCCUGACUGUUGACCACCAUGUCUUCUUUGCACAUCGGAACGUCCUGGCUGCUGUCUCUCCACUGGUCAAGAGCUUCAUCUCCAGCAAUGAUAUGAAGACCACUGAUGAGCUCUUUAUCACCAUUUCCCCCAACUAUCUGAGCCCAGCCACAGUGGACCAGCUCCUGGACUAUUUCUACAGUGGCAAGGUGGUGAUCUCGGAGCAGAAUGUGGAGGAGCUGCUUCGUGGGGCCCAGUAUUUCAACACACCCCGCCUUCGCAUCCACUGCAACGACUUCCUGAUUAAGUCCAUCCGGCGUGCCAACUGCUUGCACUACCUCUUCUUGGCUGAGCUAUUUGAACUCAAAGAGGUGUCAGACUUGGCCUACUCCGGCAUUCGCGACAAUUUCCACUACUGGGCCAGCCCUGAGGGCUGCGUGCACUUCAUGCGCUGCCCACCCAUCAUCUUCGGACGCCUGCUCCGAGACGAGAACCUGCAUGUGCUCAACGAGGACCAGGCGCUCAGCACACUCAUCAACUGGGUGUACUUCCGGAAGGAAGAGCGGGAGAAGUAUUUCAAGAAAUUCUUCAGCUACAUCAAUCUCAGUGCCGUGUCCAGCAAGGCGCUGAUGUUCGCCAGCAAUAAAUUGAUGGGCUUGGAGAACAACUCAGCCCAGGCAGCCCUAAUUGAGAGUGUCCUGAUGGACCGCAAGCAGGAGCGGCCAUGCACCCUGUUGAGCCACCAGCGGAAAGGGGCCCUGCUCGAUUCAGUGGUCAUACUCGGUGGCCAGAAGGCCCAUGGCAAGUUUAAUGACGGAGUGUUUGCUUAUAUUAUCCAGGAGGACAUGUGGUUGAAGCUCUCGGAGAUGCCCUACCGGGCUGCAGCUCUUAGUGCCACCUCUGCUGGCCGCUACAUCUACAUCUCCGGGGGCACCAGUGAGCAGAUUUCAGGGCUGAAGACAGCCUGGCGGUAUGACAUGGAUGACAACUCUUGGACCAAACUGCCUGACCUGCCCAUUGGGCUGGUCUUCCACACCAUGGUGACCUGUGCGGGGACUGUGUAUUCGGUGGGUGGGAGCAUUGCCCCAAGGAGGUAUGUCUCCAACAUUUACCGGUAUGAUGACCACAAGGAGGCCUGGUGCCUGGCGGGCAAGAUGAGCAUCCCGAUGGACAGCACAGCUGUGAUCACCAAAGGUGACCGGAACAUGUACAUUGUCACUGGGCGCUGCCUGGUGAAGGGCGAGAUCUCUCGGGUGGGGGUCGUGGACUGUUUUGAUACCAGCACUGGAGACGUGGUGCAGUGCUUCACCUUCCCCAUUGAGUUCAACCACCGGCCCCUGCUCUCUUGGCAUCAAGACAACAUCCUCUGUGUGCACAGUCACCGGCAGAGCAUAGAAAUCAACUUGCAGAAGAUAAAGGGCAGCAAGAUGACGACCACAGUGCCUCUUUUGCCCAACAGCUGCCCUCUGGACAUGUCCCAUGCUAUAUGCUCCAUUGGGGACAACAAAGUGUUUGUAUGUGGAGGUAUAACCACAGCUGGUGAUGCCCAGACAAAAGACUACACCAUCAACCCAAAUGCCUACUUGCUAGACCAAAAGAUAGGCGAGUGGAAGACCCUGGCCCCCCCACCAGAGGCACUGGACUGUCCUGCCUGCUGUGUAGCCAAGUUACCUUGCAAGAUUCUUCAAAGGGUUUAAACAGCUGUUUAUGUGGGAGAAUAAGUAAAUGCACUAUUAUUCACAAUUUAAUGAGAAAGAG